AUGUCAUUUCUUCCUGUCCUCAUCUCGAUAACCCUACUGCUGGCUCGUGCCACGGCGCAGGAUCCUCCCUUUCCCGACCCUUGCCAAGGCUAUACCUACACCCCUUCGGACACCCUGCCCUACGGCCGAGCCAAUUUCCCUCCUGGCUUCGUCUUUGGCACCGCCACAUCUGCUUACCAGGUGGAAGGUGCCGCCAAUCAGAGCUGCAGAGGCCCAAGCGUAUGGGACAAAUUCGCCCAUCAAUUCCCAGAAAGGAUUGCUGAUCGAAGUAAUGGAGAUGUGGCCAUUGAUAUGUAUAACCUGUUUGUGGAGGAUAUUCAAAGAAUGAAGUACAUGAAUGUGGAUGCUUACAGGCUCUCCAUUUCCUGGUCUAGAGUUAUCCCAUACGGGAAACGGAGCACAGGGGUGAACAGAGAAGGAAUCGAUUUUUACCACAAUGUUAUUGAUUUGCUCCUACAGAACGGUAUCGAGCCUUAUGUCACAAUAUGGCAUUGGGAUACCCCUCAGGCACUCGAAGCCGAGUACGGUGGCUUCUUAAGCCGUGACAUUGUGAAGGACUUUGAAGAUUACUGUGACUUGUUAUUCGAAGAGUACGGUGGAAAGAUAACGAAAUGGAUCACGCUGAACGAACCGGUAACUUACGUGAUGAGAGGCUACGACGAAGGGCUGAUGGCACCGGGGCGUUGUUCCACGUGGGUUAACCACGCAUGUCUCGCCGGAAAUUCCGGGACCGAGCCUUACAUAGUCACCCACAAUCUCCUUCUUGCUCAUGCUGCUGGUUAUCGAUUGUACCAGCAGAAAUACAAGGCAAGUCAAGGAGGGGAAGUAGGAAUCACCAUUGUUACUUUCUGGUUCGUUCCUUACACAGACACCACAGCGGAUAUCGAUGCAGCUCAAAGAUCCCUAGACUUCAUGUAUGGGUGGUACAUGGAUCCCAUAACCUAUGGUCACUAUCCGAGGAACAUGAUCGACCUCGUCGGAUCUCGCUUGCCCACCUUCACGUCGGAGGAGUCGAGAUCGUUGAAAGGGUCGUACGAUUUUCUGGGGCUUAAUUACUACACAGCUUAUUACUCCAUGAACAACCCCAACUUCGACCCUGAACAUCUCGAGUAUCUUAAGGAUUCCCACGCCAUUACUACAGGUAAUUUGUUCAGUUAUACGCAUGCUUCAGGUUUGGCGGCCUUGUGA